GGCUCAGAUCGCCAUCUUGAAAUUGUCCCGACCAAAAGCAGCGAGGCGGCGGACUGGGGAGAAGCAGAGCGUCCUAAACCCAAGAGCCAUAUUAGUUCUGAGGAUUAACAUGGUUUCCAGUGGUUGCACCCGUCAAAUGAUAGCGUCUUUUAGUUUCCUUCGAUCUUUUUCGACGGGGGGACGUGUGUUGGAGGGGUCUGCCUAAACUGAGAGUCGGCGCUGUUAGCCUUCUGGAGCGGACUAAUCUUCGACUGUGGCCUGGCUGCUUCGUCGGACUAUCGAAGGAGUUGAUCGUCCUCCGCCGCAGUUUUAUCACCAAUUGACGCUGUCAAACACCCUCUCUUGUGCUCCAGUGUUGGAAAUGAUCGCCGAUUUUGACGUUUUAAUGCAAUGCUACGGAGCUCACAGAGGGCAAGUUCGAUAGUAGGACGGAGUGCGCUCGAUUUCCAGUCCGAUGGAUGUUGCCUCUGUCCGGCUGUGGCACGGCUCACUUGCUCCGAUGUUUUGAAAGGAAAAAAUCAUUCCACGCUGCAACAUGUUAAAUGUUUGCUAAAGCUGGCUUGAAUUCCAAAAAGUCGCCCUCCAUUGCUCUUCUGUAAACGUGGAAAUACCAACCCCCCCCCGCCCACCUCGUCUAUCGGGCCAGCGAGGCGAGCUUACCCGGGAUAUACUGGAUUUAUCUCCAUGUUGUAAAGAUGCCCUUUUUACAGAAACAGUCCCUGGUGCAGUAAUCUGACUGUGCUGCUUUGAGGAUUUUUGGUAUUUUUUUAUACCUUUUAUUUUAUCCGAGGAUCAAAUUCGAAUGGAAAAUGGGAGACGCCACCAAACUGGCCCUCGCCGUUUUCCUCAUCUCCUGUUCUUCAGGUGCAAUCCUGGGACGCUCAGAUACGCAGGAGUGCAGCUACUACAACUCCAGCUGGGAGAAGGAGCGCACCAACCGUAGCGGCAUUGAACCGUGUUAUGGCGAUAAGGACAAAAGGCGGCACUGCUUCGCCACAUGGAAGAAUACUUCUGGCACCGUGGAGGUAGUCAAGCAAGGCUGCUGGUUGGACGACAUCAACUGCUAUGACAGCAACGAGUGCGUGGAGAGGAAGGAGAAUCCUGAUGUUUUCUUCUGCUGCUGUGAAGGCAACAUGUGCAACGAACGGUUCCUGUAUGCACCUGAUACUCCCCCACAGAGUGACACACAGCAGUCUACCGCCUACACCACAUCCAACCCGUUUUCCCAGAAGCCUCAGCUCUUCAGCACCCUGCUUUACUCCCUGGUUCCUAUCAUCGGACUGGCCGCCGUUGUACUCUUCUCCUUCUGGAUGUGGAGGCACCACAAGUUGGCCUAUCCGGCGGCCCUCGUUCCGACACAUCACCCCUUUCACAUUAUGGUGGAGGAUCCCGGCCCGGCGCCCCCAUCUCCUAUCCUGGGACACAAGCCGCUGCAGCUAAUCGAGUUGAAGGCCAGGGGUCGCUUCGGCUGCGUGUGGAAGGCCCAGCUGCUGAGCGAAUACGUGGCUGUGAAGAUCUUCCCAAUUCAGGACAAGCUGUCGUGGCAGAACGAGUAUGAGAUUUACAGCGUGAGCGGCAUGAAGCACGAAAACAUCCUCCACUUUAUCGGCGUGGAGAAGAGGAACAACAACCUAGACCUGGAGCUGUGGCUCAUCACCACCUACCACGACAAAGGCUCGCUGACGGAUUACCUGAAGGCCAACGUGGUGUCCUGGAACGAACUGUGCCACAUCGCGCAGUCAGCCGCCCGCGGCCUGGCUUACCUCCACGAAGACAUACCGGGACACAAAGACGGACACAAGCCCUCCAUCGCUCACAGGGACAUCAAGAGCAAAAAUGUGCUCCUGAAGAAUAACCUCACGGCCUGCAUCGCUGACUUCGGCCUUGCGCUUAAAUUUGAGGCUGGAAAAUCAGCAGGGGACACGCAUGGACAAGUGGGAACGCGGCGGUAUAUGGCUCCUGAGGUCCUGGAGGGUGCCAUCAACUUUCAGCGCGACUCCUUCCUGCGCAUCGACAUGUACGCCUUUGGCCUCGUCUUGUGGGAACUGGCGUCACGAUGCACCGCCGCUGAUGGCCCGGUAGAUGAGUACAUGCUGCCAUUCGAGGAGGAGGUGGGCCAGCAUCCGUCUUUGGAGGACAUGCAGGAGGUGGUUGUCCACAAGAAGCUGCGACCCUGCCUUCGAGACUGCUGGCAGAAACACACGGGUCUGACCGUGCUCUGUGAAACCAUCGAGGACUGCUGGGACCACGAGGCGGAGGCGCGUCUGUCUGCCGGCUGUGUGGAAGAGCGCAUCGGCCAGAUGCAGCGCCAGGCUCCCGUCAUCGGGCCGGAGGAGAUAGUCACGGUUGUCACCAUGGUGACCAACGUGGACCUCCCGCCCAAGGAGUCCAGCUUAUGAUCAGCCAAUGGAGCGCAACCAGAUGAGCAUCAGCCGACCCUGGUUGGUUGGCUGUUUUAUCUUUUUCAUUCAGUUUUUUUUUUUUUAAACUACUGGCAGCCACUCGCGCUCAGGACAUACCAUGUGACCACCUCACCGCAUCAGUGGAUCUCCACCUCAUGCCGACAUGCGUGCCUGAGGAUUUGAACCAUUCAGGAUAUUUAGCACGAAGCAAGCGAGUGACGGUGCCAACACGGCGGCGGGACACUCGACUAACAGUCGGAUCAUGUUUUUAUACACCAAGCUGCUCUACGCGGUCCUCUACAGUCAGAGAAGAUGAAUUUCACCAAACUCUCAGUGCAUUUAUAUAUAUAUAUAUAUAUAUAUAUAUAUAUAUAUAUAUAUAUAUAUAUAUAUAUAUAUAUAUAUAUAUGAGCACGUGGCUCUUGAUACCUUUGCUGUUUUUUGUGUGCGUGUUUUUUUUUUUUUUUUUUUUUGAAGAAUUGACUAACAUUCUGCCAAUAAGCAACGGCUUUUGAAUGUUUCUAGUGUAACGCUGCUGUACAUAGUGUAUUAUGGACCCAGACGACUUGUUAAUCCAUCUUAUUUUAAAGGGGAGGGGCAAAGAGAGGGAUGGGGUGAUCCAUUUUCAAGCAUUACGACGGUAAAAAAAAAAAAAAAAAAAAAAAACCAUAGACCUCCUUCAACCGGGUAUACCUCAGUUCCGAUGGACAAACGAUUAGUCCCUCUCACUGUUCACACUUACUGCUCGCCCUUUUCCCCAAGCGUCAUUGUGUGGAAGCAUAACCCCAGGUGCUCAUGGGUAACGGGAGUCCGCAGACUGUCCCUCUGUUGCUGUGUUCCUCCCGGAGUUGAUUGGUUCAGCGAUAUUAGCCUUUGCUACACAAUCAGAAGGCCCAACUGACACAUUAAACCACCCAAUGUUUUAUUUUGAGACGUUUUAGGUUGGAAGUGCAGUUUUGAGGUCAGGGUACCAGACCUGUUUUGGAUCCGUGUGACGCUUGCACAUAUCUUAUUUGACUACUAUCAAGGAUUUUCACUCUCACUUUUCUACGCCUCAGGAAUCUUUGCUGACCAUCUUCUUCACUGUCGCCCUUCUCAGGCCGUGAUGACAUCUUCGUCUCGAUACUAAUGCCGGACAGUAAAGUCACACGACUUUCUGUCCCUUUUCUUUUUUUGUAAAUUCAGGAUCUGGUUCUGAUUACUGUGUUAGCUCGCAGCCCAGGUUCAGUUCACACGAAACAAAACUGCCAGUCAUGUACUGUUUCCCGUUUCCCCCACCCACCCUACAACCCCCAACCCGUCACGCGCUUCGAAAGAAACGCGUCGCGUCUGUGCCGCCAUCAGACCAGAGGAGACGGGGAGCCCAUCUUUGAUUCUGGUGCCAUUCCUUCCACCAUCGGCCCUCUUGUAGAUGUCAGGCCAAACGGAUGUAUCUGUCGCACAACAGCGACGCAUUUGUUUUGAAACGUAUAUUUUCUCAGAGGGACGUCAAACACCUGCAGUCUCUCCUCAAGCUUUGGGUCGGUUUCUCGCGAUGCAGUUUCAGAUCCACUGAUGGAAGUUGAAGCGUAAAGAUUGACAAGGAUUAAGACAUGAGCUGAACUGUGGAAUCGAAGAAUUUCAAAUAUAAAUCUAUACAGCGGCACCUCCAGUUUUCGUUAAUUCGUUCCAGAAGGUCAGACCAAAACCGAAGCAGUUUUUCUCACAGGAAAUCGCACCCAAAACCAUUAACAAAAAAUACAUUUUACAGAGAGUAAUUGGGCUUUUACAUGCAGAAUACGAGCUGCUAAGUAGGUAGCCGAGACGGUGUACGAAAACCAGGGCAAAAUUUGGGCAUAAAUCUAUUGGCACAAAUUGGGACGCUCGGAAACCAAAGUUUGACAGUAAUGUAAAUCCAAUGAAUCUGCUUUAGACACUCAAAAAUAUUAACAGAAAAUACACGUUAUAAGAGAAUAAUUAUAGUUUCACAAGCAGAAAACUAGUAAUUAACCGAAACUGUGUCUGAAAACCAGUGCAAAAUCUUUCGUUGAAAACUGGGAUCUUCAGAAAUCAAGGUUUGAUUGUGAUGUGAAGCCAAUUAAACCAUUCCAGACACCCAAAAAUAUUAACAAAACAUACAUUUUGAAGAGAAUAAUUCAAAUUUUACAUUCAGAAAACUAACAGACAGUGUAUGAAGGCCUGGGGUCAAAUCUUUCCUCUAAAAUUUGGCCGUUUGGAAACCAAAGUUUGACUUUUUAAUGUAGAUCAAAUGAAUUCCUUCUAGACUAAAAAAUAAAUUUUAUAGAGACUGAUUAUAGUUUAACAUGCAGAAAACCGAGACUAUGAAAACCAGGGCCAAAUGUUUCGUCAAACUGGGCAUAUGAAAACCAUCUUCAUACUUUGCCCGGAGUUCUUUUGAAAUUCAAUAGUUCCUUGACUUCUUUAUCAAAUUGCUGACACUCCCAAAUGUCUUCGGCAAACUCAAUUACAAAAAAAUGCACGGAUGGGGAGUCAGCGACACAUAGGGUGCUUCGUUUAGGCACUUGAUUCCGACGAAUGAUACAGUCCGGGGCAAAUGGGCUAAGUUGUUAUGAUAACCGAGACUGCGUACGAAAACCAGGGCAUCGGAAAGCUGAGGUUUUGAGUGCAUAUUACUCCCAGAAACAAAGUAGGCCUAAAGGAAGUCCAAGCCAUGAUUGUACUUGAUCUUUGCAUCAGUGCUGUCGCUGCUUCUUGAUUGGCUCGUGCAUUUAUGCUCCUCAACAGGCACUACCUCACUCGCAGGGAUUUCAGGGGGAGCGGGAGUAAGUGUGGCAAAUAAACCAAAAUAAAGACCUCUGUCUGAAAAAUGAGCACAUUUCCAAGAAGCUCUUCAAAACCGGUAUCGCGACGGAUGAAGUAAUUCCCCGGAAAAGAUUCCCAGUUGGUGCGUGUCUCAUUGUCUCAGCGUGAAAUCAAACUGCAUUAGUGAAACCAGCCCAAAAUGUCAAACCACGAUUCAGGGAUUCAGUACUAUGCUUUUCUACGUUCUGGCAAGUUUUAUGCAACCAGUGCCGCAAACGACUCAACUCUGCAGGAGUGACUUUUCAGUACCAACGAGAAUAACUUGUAGCAUUGCAUUUUGUUUGUAAUCCUUGCAUAUUGAUGUGUUGUAUUUAUUUUUGACAUUACAGGCCUGAGGUUUCGGGGCUCGGAGCUCAGUUGCGACUCUGCAAGAGUUGUGGAGUGUGUCAGGGGGGUUGGGGGGUUAAUAUUCAGGAAGUACUUAAGUUGAUUCAUUAAAAAAAGAUGCAAACAGCGUCUUGCUAGUCUAAGGACUCAGACCGCAGAUGAAUGUUCUCUUGAGUCCUGGGUUCUUAGAGGACUCCACUCUCGGCUGGUGGUCGUGCGGUUGUGCUCAGUUCUGGUAGAAAUCAAACGGAUCUACAUCCAUUCAUACACCCCCUGAGGAAUGUCCUUGACCAGGAUGGACGCUUGCUUAGCAGUUGGUCGGACCACAGGAAGACGAUCACAGGAGACAAUCUUACUCCCAUCGGUGGUUCUGCUGUGGAACAUUUUAGAGGUGUAUGAAUGGAUUUUUACAUUUUUCUACCCUGACGACCUCCAGGCCAGCAGCUUCCAUUGCUGUUCGUAUGAAAUACCAGUCAAUCACUUGUGUCUCGUUACCCUGCUAUUUGAACGAUUCUAGGACCUGUACAGACAUGAGAACGUAUUCAAUCAACUAUAUACUCUUGAGCUGAAUCCUUUAUACGUGCGUGUGAAAAUCAGUGUUUCCUAUACAUUCAUUUAUAUUUCUUGUGUUCUUGGUUCCUACAGUCCGUCACGGUUGAGCUUUUGUGCAAGUUUGAAUGCUCGAGGCUUGUCCCAGUAAGCACUUACGGCGGCGUUCCCCAGAGAGAACCCGCCCAGCGCCCCUCACAAUCGCAAUACUCGAUGUGAUCAUGAAAUCUCCUGGUGUUCCAUUCCGCUGCCUCGACUUUCCCGCUUUUCCCUGCUGUCGUUGAGAACCCCAAGACGAAACUCUGAUCUCCGGCAACCUUGCUGUACUAAGACUGUGUCAGUUGGUUGCCAGGUCAGAAGUUUCUCCAAAAAAAGGAAAGACACUACAAGUUUAUGAACCCACUUUUCCUAAGGUUCCCCUGAAGUGCAACGCUGAUCCAGCACGUGAACGGGCAAAAGGUUCCUGGUUCCUGUUUUUCUUUUUUUUUUUUUUUUUAAAGAAUGUGGGGGUCCUUUUUUUGGUCAAGGGUUUCAAUUAAAAAAUUGAAAAUGUUGGCAUUUUCAUGUCUGUGACUAAAGAGGUUAUCCGGAACCUUGGACCCUUUGUCCCGGAAGAGACUGAAGUGGUCUGUGAUCAGCGCUGUCACUCUGCUUGUGUGAGCCGGCGGAGGUUUUUAAUCAGUUGAAGUGAUCCACUUGAUGUAAAUAAAUGUUUUUAGAUUGUGA